UAGCUCUUUCCUAAACUUGAUUAUGAUUUACGUAAAUUUAGGUAUGGGAUUAGCCGAGCUCAUAGAAAAACGAAAAUCUAACCCAAGACUUGGUAGGCAGCCCAUGGACACCGACUUAGUUAGACAUUAUGACAGGCAAAGACACCUUGAACUGGCAAUCCGUAGGAGUGACACAUAUGCGUAUGAUAGGGUUAGGAUGAACCGAACCCUAUUCAACUCUUUCUGUCACCUUCUUAUUACUGUAGGAGGAUUGAAAAGAACUAGGAAUGUUGACAUAGAUGAGAUGGUUUACACCUUUCUUCGCACUAUUUCUCACAACGAGAAGAACAGAACUUUAAUACUCAAUUUGCGACGAUCGGGAGAGACCAUUUCUCGCUCUAUACAUCGGGUGCUAAGGGCUGUCAUUCGCCUAAAUGAUAUGUUAAUGAAGAAGCCUGUCCCGAUUCCUGAAAACUCUACCGAUAGUAGAUGGAAAUAUUUCAAGAGUUUUUUAGGAGCCCUAGAUGGUACUCAUGUACGUGUUCGUCCAUUGAAAGAGGACCGAUCUAGAUAUCGAGACAGAGAAGGGAAACUUUCUAUGAAUGUGUUGGGGGUGUGCACUCCAAAUUUGGAGUUCAUCUACUGUCUUUCCGGGUGGGAAGGUUCUGCCCAUGAUGGAAGGGUCUUACGAGAUGCCUUGACAAGGCAAAAUUGUUUUACUGUCCAACAAGGCUGUUACUAUCUUUGUGAUGCUGGUUAUGCAAAUAGUCCUGGAUUUUUGACCCCAUACCGUGGUCAAAGGUACCACCUCAAAGAAUGGGGUGUUAAUCCACCUGAAACUGCCGAAGAGUUCUAUAAUAUGAAGCAUUCAUCAGCUAGGAAUGUCAUAGAACGCAUUUUUGGGAUUUUAAAAAUGCGAUGGGCUAUUCUAAGAGACUCAUCAUGGUUCACUCCGCGUGAGGUUGCUCGAAUUGUGGUUGCAUGUUGCAUUAUACACAACUUCAUCAAGAGGGAACAAGGAGCCGAUCAAUUUGAGAGAACAUAUCAAGAUGAAGAACCGGAACAUCAUCCUUCAACUGGGGUUGAGACAGUUGAUACUUGCAGCAUGCAUCCUUGUCCGGAAUGGACACAAUAUAGGAACCAAAUAGCAAUUUCCAUGUGGGAAAAUAGGCCUAAUAGAUGAAAAAGUCCCCUAUUAAUGUGAUGUUUCUGUGACCUUAAUUAUGUACUGAAGUUUGUAUGGUAUGGUCCUUGUUUAUGGUUAUUGAAGUUUGUACUUAAAUAUGUGAAUGUUGGAUGUUCUUUCUGUUACUAUCUUGGAGGGGAUGUUCUUUACUAGGUGAUUGCAACAUAUUUUUCAUUAUACAUACAACUUACACUUUUGUCUAGUAGGUAUGGGAAAGAAGAGGAAAGUUGUAGACAAUGCUGGUGGUCCUUCACGGGAGUAUAAUGUGUGGGAUUCCAAACACGACGAGCCUUUUCUGCAGUGUUUAUUGGAACUAACUGAGAAAGGGCAGAUUAGUGACGGCACAUGCAAGAAUGGUGCAUACAAGGAACUAGAACGUAUGAUGGAAGCCAAAGUGCCUGGUUGUGGAGUGAAGUCGAAACCCACGAUUCUGAAUAAGUUCAAGAAGUGGAAACAGAAGUAUCAUGCCACCGUUGAGAUGCGUUUGGUAAGCGGGUGGGGUUGGGACCCUAUACGCUGCCAUAUAUUGGCUGAUGACAAGUCCUUUGAUGACUAUGUGAAGGUCCAUACACACUGCAAGGGAAUGAACAAAAAACCAUUUCCACAAUUUUGGGCACUCGAGCCAGUGUUUGCCAAAGGUCGUGCUAAUGGUGAAACUGGGUUCACCGGGAAUGAUGGAAACUCGUCCAAUACUAGCGCUGAAGGUGAAGAGCCGCAACCCGAAUGCUUUGAGGAGUCUGUCCCUUUUCAUGUCGAGGACUUCAACAUUGACACUACAGAGGAAGUAAUGGCGGAUAUCAUAAAUGAAGGGGUUGAAGCUCGUAACUGCAGCAAGAGGAAGCACUCAUCAAAGCCUAAUUCGACAAAAAAGAAGAAGAAAGGGCAAGCCGAUGAUAGUACCUCUGAAGUUGCAGCUGAGAUGAGAGAGAUGAGGCCACUCAUAGACCGAUCAGCUGAGACGAUUGCUCGCGCUUUGGGUGAGAGAGAGUUGCAGAACAGUAUGCGACUCGAUUUGAUGAAGAAUUUAGAGAAGCUAGAGGGUCUUACCAGGUCUCAAAUGGUACUUGCUUGCAGAAGGCUUAACAACAGUCUGGGAGACUUGAAGACCUUCUAUAAUAUGGAAACAGAUGAGGACAAGAUGACCCUUGUGCUUGAUAUUCUGUCUAUGUGAAGAUGUGGUUUGCUUGUCUUAGGAUUAGUGAUGUCUUUGUCCAGUUUGCAAAGAGUCUUUUGCCUAUGUAUCUGUCAUUAUAAAGCACUUGUAAUGACAGUCUUUGCAAACCUAUGACAAGCAUCUAUUUUGUGAAGUGCUAGAUGGUUUAGAAAACAGAAACUUAUGGUAGAUAUGGUGUAAAUGGAAUGGAAAUGCAUAUAUUUAUAUAAAUUGCAGCUUGUGUUUUUCUUUUUUAGGGAUUGUUGCUUUACUCUGUUGGCAUACGUAUGAAUCUUUCUAGGAUUGUAGCCCCCAGUUUGGCUUACUGUAAAUGAAUGAUGAAUGGAGGUAGAAACAAAAUAUUGAGGAGAAGAUGGAGAAACAGAAGCUAGAACACACUUUUGUUGGGAACUCUCGAUGAACAAGUGUAUGAAGGGAUCAAUUGUGUGCUUUAAUUUUUUUACAUCUUUACAAAGGGUAGUUUGGUAUUUUCUAAGUUUGUGUACCAAAUAGCACAUCACAAAAUAACACAUCUCUAAUCCUUCCCAAACAUGAUAUUUGGAACAAAUAUCAUAUACCAAAUAACAAGUAUUUGACUAUGUGGUAUUUGCU